UGUUGAGCGUCUCGGUCUGCUCAGUGUUCCAGUUCAUCAUUAGAUCCACGUUGGAUUAUGUUCUGUUCAACUUGUGGAUCAUCAGCUUUGUUUGGACUUCUGACACGCUGACGCUGCUUCCUGCCGCAGACUCACCAACCUCGCCUCUCUCUCUGUCUCUCUCUGCUGCGGCUGCUGCUGCUACAAACAACCGACCACAGAACCACACAGCACCGGACCGGACCGGACCGGGACACAGGACAACAGAGGAAGACCGAGACCGAAAGAAACCAUGACAGAAGCCACUAAAACCCACGUCAUCCUGCUGUCCUGCGGCAGCUUCAACCCCAUCACCAAGGGACACAUCCAUAUGUUCGAAAAGGCCAGAGAAUAUCUGCACAAAACAGGUCGUUUCAUCGUGAUCGGAGGAAUCAUCUCGCCGGUGCACGACUCCUACGGGAAACCUGGAUUAGUGCCCAGCAGACAUCGCCUCACCAUGUGUCAGAUGGCCGUCCAGUCCUCUGAUUGGAUCAGGGUGGACCCCUGGGAGUGUUACCAGGACACCUGGCAGACGACCUGCAGCGUGCUGGAGCAUCACCGCGACCUGAUGAAGAGAGUCACCGGCUGUAUUCUGUCCAACGUCAACACGCCGUCGACGACUCCUGUGAUUGGUCAGCCGCAGAACCAGACUCCGCCCAUCUACCAGAACCACAACAACAUGAAUCACAAGCCCACAGCCAUCAAACUGUGGGGGAAGGUCAGCGAGAGUCUGGGGAAGAUCUGCUGCGUCCGCCCUCAAAUCGAACGCUUCACCUUCGUCGAUGAAAACGCUAACCUGGGGACCGCAAUGAGAUACGAGGAGAUCGAGUUACGCAUCUUGCUCCUGUGUGGCAGUGACCUCCUGGAGUCCUUCUGCAUCCCUGGCCUGUGGAAGGACAGUGAUAUGCAGGUGAUCGUGGGGGAUUUUGGGAUCGUGGUGGUUCCCCGUGACGGAGCCGACACAGAGAGGAUCAUGAAUCACUCCUCCAUUCUCCGCAAGUACAAGGACAACAUCAUCGUGGUGAAAGAUGCCACGAGCCACCCAAUGUCUAUCGUCAGCUCAACCAAGAGCAGACUGGCCCUGCAGCACGGUGACGGCCACGUUGUGGACUACCUGUGUCAGCCCGUCAUCGACUACAUCCUGCAGAGUCAGCUGUACAUCAACGCCUCGGGAUAGAGACAACGACCUGCCCGCAUGACAACAGGGAGCGUGGAGUGGAGGGGGGGGGGGCUACAUACAACCGUCAUCUAUAUAACUAUAACCCCCCCCCCAAAAAAAACCCAACCUUCCUUCUCUGUCUUGUGUCAAACAUAUACUCUUCUUUGAGCUGUUGCUUUCCAAAAGGAGCAUUAGUGUCCCUCCUUCUGUCUGUGUCAUGUGACUUUACGUGGGGGUGGGGGGGGAGGUAUGGAGGUAACCCCUAAGGGCUGCAGAGCUGUUAUUGAUGUGUUUUUCCACUGCAGCGGUGACGCCACUGUUUCUCACUCUGUUAUCUGUCUUCAUUAAAGUUUGGGGUGCAUGACUCGCAGCCGGGCAUGCUCAGUGUACCAACGGCAGGAAACUCUUCUUCUGGAUCAGGGCGGCUUUUAGCUAAAAGACGACAGGGUUUUUGGGCCUCAUGCAAGAACCACUCGUAGGAACAGAUUUGGUGGGAUUCAAGGCAACUUGCCAAAUUCCCCCAUUUUUUGGUAUUUAUAAUUUUCUCUUUGGUUUGUUGAAACAAGGUUAAUAUAGUUUUAGAUUUUUCAUUAGGUUUUAUUGUUAUUUCAUUUUGACUUUUGGUUUUUAAUUUCAGUUUAGUUUUAAUUUGUUUUUAAAGCGGGUUUAAUUUAGUUUGUAGUUUUUGAAAAUGCUCAGUUUGGUUUUAAUUAGUUUUUAAAGCGGGUUUAAUUUAGUUUGUAGUUUUUGAAAAUGCUCAGUUUGGUUUUAAUUCGUUUUUAAAGCGGGUUUAAUUUAGUUUGUAGUUUUUGAAAAUGCUCAGUUUAGUUUUAAUUCAUUUUUAAAGUCGGUUUAAUUUAGUUUGUAGUUUUUGAAAAUGCUCAGUUUAAUUUUAAUUCGUUUUUAAAGUUGGUUUAAUUUAGUUUGUAGUUUUUGAAAAUGCUCAGUUUUAGUUUAGUUUUAAUUCGUUUGAGUGUUAGUUUUAGUCUUUGGGCCUCUCGACUUUCGCACCAUGAUGCCAGGUGAUGGGCGUGGACUAAAUUCUGGCACAGUUAAGAAACUGGAAGACAGAUUUCAUAUCUACCCAAAAUACCAGGCUUAUGUCCGGCCUGAAAUAAACUGACAAAGAUGAAAAUUAAAGCCAUUAACUCUGUUUAUUUUAUUUUAGUUAGUUUUUUGUAAAGCCUUGUUUUUAUUUUUAUUAUGUUAAAAGAAAAUAUUUUCACACCUAGUUUACAAUAACGAUAAUAAACUUGGCAUGAAAUAAUAUAAAAUAAUACUAAAUAUAAUAAUAAUUAGUCCUUUCUCCAAAAAAAAAAACUUUGAUGUAACAUUUAUUAUUCCUUAAUCUGAAUAAUUUUAAAUUGUACCAAAAUCAACAAGAAACAAAAUAAUCAAAUACAAAAUUAAAGCUAAAUGUAACACUGCUAAUAUUCUGUACAAUGUCAUGCGUCUUGUUUGCUAAGCUCCGUUACCUGUCAAGCAUUGCAUUUAAGCACAUCAUGAUAAUUUCCAGACCAUUUAAAUCCAUAGUAACUAUUGAAACAGUGGAUCCUUGAUUUCAGACAAAGGCAGCUCCUUUCAGUCGGCGUCUCACAAUUCGGUUUCCCGCAGAACUAAUAGCCAACAGAAGCUAACGUUAGCUCCACGAGUUGAUUGAAAACUCCGUCGCCAGAGUUUUUAAUGUUUGUUGCUGACUUAUUUUAAUUGUGAAUCCUGCAAAAGGUUUUUAAAUAAGACUGCUACAUGUCAUGCUAACAGGCUGAGGCUAAAGUUAACAGGUCCCCAGUCCCAAGAAGAAGAAAUGAAGGAGCAGAGUUGUUCCUGUAUUGCAGAGUAGAGCUAGUUAGUCAUUAUUAAUGUAGCAUGAAAAGGUAAAAUAAAAGUUGUUUCAUUCUGACUUCAUCCUGUAGCUCAUCUAGAAAACCAUGAACAAGCAACAAAAAUAUAUGCUUUAUUGUUUUUAUUGACCUAGCUUGGCUUUAGAGAUGGUUUUCAUUGUUUACCUUUUGUGGGCUGCCCUGACGCCACUACAGACACUGAUACAUUUAAAACACUUCGGAAACUACUCGUAAAGUUGGACCGUGUGUGUUGAACCACUAAAGCUCCGCACUGUGAAGUUCUUCUCUUUACUAUUUGGUGACAUUACUUUUUGUAAAUAAAGCUUGAUACCUUCUCACAAACGCCCUCCUGCUCGUGAACACGUGUGCAGAAAUAGGACACGAGUCCACCUUCUGUGUUUGUGUUGCCCUUAAAGUCGCAUUCAGACCGGAAGCAAUGUGAAUUGUCACCCCAAAUUUUUACCGCUGGACAGUUUGUGCUUAAUGACCCCAGCCAGCUAACAAACCACCUGUAUGUUAGCUGUAAGGACGCACCGGCCAUGUCUGUGGUGUGUUUCUGUCUCCUUUCUGUUGCAUGUUAUUGUUUCACUAAAGUUUAAACUUUU